GUUUGGCCUUUUUGAUAAAAGAUUGUUUAUAGUUUGUUUAUAUUUCUAGUUAGUCUAUUACCGAAUAGAAGAAUGGUGAACAGCAAACUCGUAUAUUAUUUCCCUAAAUAUCACAUUGGCGACGAAUAAGACCCCACGCGAAGUGUAAAUUGUAAAUUAAUACACAUAGCAAGAGCGGAAGGUAUACAUUAUGAGUUCUAGCACAUGUAUAUUCGGUGGUAACCUCAAUUUCGACCACGCCUGUCAUGAAUGGCAAAUUUUCAAAGACCGGUUUGUACAGUUCUGCAUAGCAAACGACAUUACCGAAGAAAACGAUGCAGCAGGCCUUAAAAGGAGAGCCUUGCUGCUGACGGCGCUGGUUGAUGACACAUACCGGGUCGUAAAAGACUUGGCCUUCCCGACCUUACUAGACAAUGUGGAGUACAAGGCGCUUGUAGCAUUGCUAGACCGGCACCUGGAGCCAAAGAGGUGCAGCUUCGCAGAAAGGAGCGCUUUCUACAAGGCGGAGCAGCGGGCAGGAGAGGGACUGGCCGAGUGGGCGGCUCGAGUGCGAAGGGCGGCGCAGUACUGCGGGUUCGGAACGGAGCUCGACACGGCGCUGCGCGACCGAUUCGUCCUCGGACUGGAGGAUGCGAAGGAGAAGGAGCGACUGUUCGCGGAGAGCGUGGACACGCUCACUAUGAACAAGGCACUGGAGCUGGCGCAGGGCGUACGGUGCGCGCGGCAGGCGCUGCGCGGCGCGCGAGGCGCCGGGGAGCCGCCGCAGCUGUUCGAGAUGCGAGCGGGCAGCGGCGCGGGCCGCGCCACGCCGGCGGCCGCGCCGUCACCCGCCGCGCAGACACGAGCAGGCAGGUGUAAGGUGUGCGGCUACCGGAACCACACGACGGACCAGUGUAGAUUUAGUGACUUGACUUGUCAGAAUUGCAAUAAGAAGGGCCAUCUCAGAAGAAUGUGUAAGUCCAGGGGAAACAAUUUCCUGCAGCCGGAGGACAGCGACAUUGAAGACGAUGUCGCAGUGUAAGCAGUAUGGUGGGCAGAGGAAGAUUUUUUUUUCUAUUGGUGAUCGAGUUUUAGUUAAAUGUUUUUUCAAAAAUGGCAACAAAACCGAAUGGAAACUGGGUACAGUCAAGGAAAGAAUAGGUGCCAUGAUGUAUAUAGUGUAUAUAUCUGAUUUAAAUACAGAUGCCAGAAAGCAUGUGGAUCAUCUUCUAAAAUAUAAUGGUGUUUUAGACGAUGAUGAUGAUGAUAAUAUACCGUACUAUGACUGUAGUUCGGAUGAAAGCCAGUUAGAUACCAAUGUUACUCCUGUCACUGCGAUAGAGGGGGAGGAGGACGGAAGUGAGGCCGCGCCUCCGCCGCCAGCGCCGGUAGGUGGCGGUGGUCGCCCAGUGCGUAGCACUAGGAAUCCUAACCCUCGAUAUAAAGUGUAAUAAGAAGAAUGUAAUUUAUGUUAUUUAUGAUUAUAUUUUGUGUUUUAAUUACUUAUUGAUUAUAUAAGUUUUAACAUGUAAGGGUAUAUUGAGUUUUGUGUUUUUUAUAUUAUUUUAUAAAUAGUAGGGGAGGUAUGUGGUGUUUGGCCUUUUUGAUAAAAGAUUGUUUAUAGUUUGUUUAUAUUUCUAGUUAGUCUAUUACCGAAUAGAAGAAUGGUGAACAGCAAACUCGUAUAUUAUUUCCCUAAAUAUCACACUCUGA